AGACAGUUAGCGCCCGCCGGCUGGGUGAGGGAGCGUCGCCCCGAGCGUGUGAGGCGGCCAGGGAAGAUGGAGACUGCAAUGCUGAACUUACGGAAUCUGUUUGACCAACUCAUGCGCCAGUCAGAAUUUCUAAAUGAAGGAAAUGAAUACCAGUUUAUCCAGUUGGCAAAGAACUUUGAAGAGUUCCGAAAGAAGUGGCAGAAGGCAGAUCAUGAGCUGGCCAGGUACAAGGAUCUUCUGAUGAAAACAGAAACUGAGCGUAGUGCACUGGAUGUGAAGCUGAAACAUGCUCGCAAUCAGGUAGAUGUGGAGAUCAAGCGAAGACAGCAAGCUGAAACAGACUGUGAGAAGCUGGAGCGGCGGAUCCAACUGAUUCGAGAGCUACUGAUGUGUGAUGCAUCGGGUAGUAUUCACCUAAGUGAAGAACAGAAAUCUGCCCUGGCCUUCAGGCCUCAACUUUCUACUGGGGAUUCUGGGAACAGAAGACUUUCAACAAUAGAUGAAUCUGGCUCAAUUCUAUCAGACAUCAGCUUUGACAAGACUGACGAGUCAUUGACAGGCCUAUACCGAAUUUCUGGCUGCGACCGGACAGUAAAAGAGCUGAAGGAGAAGUUCCUUCGAGGGAAGACUGUGCCCCUGCUCAGCAAAGUGGAUGAUAUCCAUGCCAUCUGUGGCCUUCUUAAAGACUUCCUGUGUAGCCUAAAGGAACCCAUUCUCACAUUCCGGCUAAACAAGACUUUUAUGGAGGCAGCAGAAAUUCUGGAUGAAGACAACAGUGUAGCUGCCAUGUACGAGGCUGUUGGUGAACUCCCUCAGGCUAACAGAGAUACACUCGCUUUCCUCAUGAUUCACCUUCAGAGAGUGGCUCAGAGCCCAGACACUAAAAUGGACAUCACCAACCUUUCCAAAGUCUUUGGACCCACAAUAGUUGCCCAUGCUGUGCCAGAUCCUGACCCCAUGACACUCUUGCAGGACACUAAACGACAACCCAAGGUGGUAGAGCGGCUGCUGUCACUGCCAGUGGAAUACUGGAGCCAGUUCAUGAUGGUGGAGCAAGAAGACAUUGACCCAGCGCAUGUAAUUGAAAACUCCAAUGCCUAUUCCACUCCCCGAACACCAGAUGUUAAAGUGAGCAUGCUGGGUCCUCUCACUACUCCAGAACAGCAACUGACAAAGACUCCUUCAUCUAGCUCCCUGUCCCAGAAGGUCCGAUCUACGCUCAGCAAGACUACCCCGAAAUUUGGGAGCAAAAGCAAGUCUGCAACCAACCUUGGACGCCAGGGAUACUUCUUUGCCUCUCCUAUGCUGAAGUAA